AUGGCUUCUGUAACUGCAAACCCGCUUGCAGCUCUGGCUCCUCAGUUUGGUCAUCCCGACCUUUUGCAGAGAUUGAGCACGAUUGAAGCUCAGUUGGCCAAGUUGAGUGAGCAGGAUGGUCCGGAACAAAGGUUCGACUUCAAUCAGCCGUUUCUGCCGCAACAAUGCGACGCGCCUGUUUCUCCGACCCAGCCUCGUUCAUCAACAUACAUAGGUAAUGGCUCAGACGGUCAGCGCCGGCUCUCAGACGCAGCGUCUUCAUCCCCAGAUCAAGCCGAGUCCAUCACGCCGCCCUUUAGCACAAUGCCACCAGACGAUGUAGUGCAGCAUCUCGUCGAUACCUACUUCACCCACGUCCACAACCAACCGUACGCUUAUUUCCAAGAAGAGCACUACAGACAGCUGUUCAGCUUCAUGCUCCUACCAAAGUGCCUCACAUUUGCCAUCCUGGCGUCUUCGGUGAGAUUCUCGGAUCACGAAUACUUCUCAGGACGCACCCAUGACGCGAUGGAGGGAUACGCGAGACAAGCUUGGUUGUGCGUGUUGAGCGACCAUUUGACUGUUGAGAAUGAACCCAAUUUUCACGUGGCGCAGACUACUAACAUCCUGGCUAUUAUUGACUUUACAGCUGGUCGAACAAGCUCUGGGUGGUUAAAGAUUGGCCUUGCAGUACGGAUCUGCCAAGAUCUUCAACUCAUGAACGAACCAAAUCCCAUGCUCCCGAUUGUUGAACAGGAAGAGCGAAGACGCGUCUUCUGGUCUGUCUACCUUCUCGAUAAACUCGUGUCCUGCGGGAGAGCACGUCCACCGGCAAUCGCCGACGAGGAUUGUCAUGUCCAACUGCCCUGCGAAGAGGAAGUGUUCAGAACUGGCACUUGGAAACAAACCCCCACGCUCCACAGACUUCUGAACUGGGAUGCUGAUCUUGGUGAGAUCCGUGGAUACUUCACCCUCGCCAUUCUCGUCGCUUCAGCUUUAGGGCGAUGUGCCAGAUAUGUCCUUCAUCAACGUGAGAUAGACGACACGUUACCUUGGGACUCCAGAUCAGAAUUUGCAGCAAUCAACUCGUUCCUCCUGCUGAUCGAGCAGCAUCUCCAGGUUGAAGAAGUCCCCAUCCAAGACAUCAUAUCACAAAACAAGCUUCCCAAUGGAUCGCCGGACCAUCAGGUUGUUGGACACGCCGUAUUUGCUCGCAUCGUCUUCCAUCUAUGCCACUGUCUCAUCAGCCACCCAUUUCUCCUCGCACUGCGUCUACAGAACCUGAAAGUGAAAGCACCGGCGAGUUUCUUGUCCAGAACUUAUGAAGCUUGUUGUGACCACGCGUCCAAGAUCCCGUCUCUGCUACACCGUGCGCAAGAGGCGGGCUGUCAUGUCGAUGCUUCAUUCUAUGCUUACUCGACAUGUGUUGCUGGCAGCAUCCUCUCCAUGUUCAUUCACGGGAAGGAAAGCAUGGGACAAGUUCCAUCUCAGCAGCUUUUGGAAUCUGGACAACACUCAUUAGAAAUUCUAGACAAAAUGGGUCAUUUCUGGGACCACGCGGCCAAGAUGCACACUCAACUCCUCAACUUCGAUACCCAUUCCCAGGAUUUCGAGAAGAUGAUUGAUCCACAUGCCGUUUUCGACAUAUCGCCUGAUCUGGAAACAGUUCUAUGGUCCAUGGUUGAUUACGGCUCCAUGUGCGGCAGCUCAAGAACAAGAUCCAUUAGUCCCGGCGAUGGUCAAUUUUCUGUCAACAUGAACUCACCUUCAUUCUUCAACUUUGACGUGAACAUGACGCCACGGUCGUUUGAGCUGUCUGGAGUUGAAGGCAUAAAUGGAGCUCGUCACACCAUGAGAUCUUACGUCAUGAGCUGA